AUGGGCAAGAAAACCUACGAGGCUGAUUCCGACUCCGAUAUGGAGGACGGUGGCGCCAAGCUCAAUGCACCCACGAACGCUGUCGUGAGAUCGACUGACGCCAUGGACUUAGACGUCCCGCCGACCCCCGCCGAAAAGAAGCAGGCUGCGGCCAUCGCACGCGCCGAACGGGCUUUGCGUAGAAAGCAAAGACGAGAGGAGCUUGCGGCACCGGGGGCGUCUCAGAUUUCUUCCAUGGCCAGCACGCCGAACCCGGAUUCCCAGCCAGCGUCGCCCACGACAAACGGUCAGGAUAGGAGGUCGAGAAGAAAGAAGACAGAGAGGAAGAGUCCUGUGAAGACCGACAAAAUUGAGGAAGUCGUUGGAGACAAGGCUGAAGAGAAGGUCGAAGACGAGAUCAAAAAGACGGCCGAAGAGAAAGCCGAACAGACACCGGCGGCAGAAGUGGAGAUAUCUGGCGAGCCCGCCAUCGCGCCCGCUCCGGCGUCUGCGGUGGACGCCGAGCCGCUUCCCUUCGUGAUCGAAGUGACGCGCAGCAAGGUCGAACCCGCAAACGCAUCCGUGGCUGGUGACAGCACAUCGAACGCGCCCAGCUCGGUCAGCGGCGUCGACCCACAGCACCAGGGUCUCAACCGCGCCGCACGGCGAAGGCUGAUGCAGAUCGAGAACCGGCGCCUAGCGAUCAAGAAGGAGCUCGGUCUCGCAUCUGACUCUGACGAGCGCCGAGCCGAGGUGGACAGCCUCCUGGCGACGUGGACGGCACAGUUUGACGAAAGGAUCGAGGCGCGCGCAGCCAAGAAGGCGGCCAAGAAAGCCGAAUCCAUAGCAAAGGGUAAGCUUCUCACAGGACGCAACGCCAACGAUUACGAGAAGCAGAAGCAGAUAAAGAAGCAGAAACAAAAAGAGGCCCUAAGAGCCCGGCAGCAACGCAGCUAG